GAAAUGUUCCGUAGAGGAGUAACAGCUGGGGUCGAAGUCUUAAAGCGUUGUUACUCCACCACAAAUACUCCGGCGAUGAGGUUGUUACAGUUUUUGCGUGAUGGUAAAUCUCUGGUGGGCGUGGAGACCGCUCCCGGGGGUGACAUCGUCGACCUGUCACAAGUAAAACCAGCCUUGCCUACCGACAUGAGAAGCUUUAUUGAAGGCGGACAAGCAAACAUCCAGGCGGCCAAAAGUGCUGUAGAUAGCGGUCAGUAUAAAGUGCCCAGGUCAGAGGUCAAGGUCAUUGCCCCAAUCUACAACCCUGACAAAGUGCUGUGUAUCGGGAUGAAUUACAAGGAUCACUGUGAAGAGCAGAAUGCCCCGGUUCCCGUGGAGCCUGUCAUCUUCAACAAAUUUCCGAGUUGUAUUAUUGGUCCCACAGACGACAUACACUUUCCUGAGGAAACACAGAAACUAGAUUGGGAGGUUGAACUGACCAUUGUCAUCGGCAAGGAGGCCAAGCGUGUUCCGGAGUCUGAAGGUAUGAACUACAUAUACGGCUACACAGUUGCUCACGAUGUCAGCGCUCGGGACUGGCAGAUAGAGGCUGGACGCAACGGUGGACAGUGGGUCAUCGGGAAGGCCAUGGACGAUUUCUGUCCCCUUGGGCCUGUCAUUGUCACCAGGAAUGAAAUUAACGAUCCUCACAACCUGGCCCUGCAGUGUUUGGUCAACGGUGUGGUGAAACAGGAUAGCAAUACAAACCAGCUCGUCCACAAAUCUGCCGCAAUCGUGUCUUUUAUUACUAGGUUCAUGACCUUGAAACCCGGUGACCUGAUCUUGACUGGAACGCCCCCUGGUGUCGGAGUAUUUAGGAAACCACCAGAGUUUCUUAAGAAAGGCGAUGUUGUUGAGUGCAAAAUUGAGGGGAUUGGAAGUGUCAUCAACAAGGUUAUUUAGCUCGACAAGUAACUAUGUAACAAAAUCAUUAACUCUCUCUCUACUUGUCAAGAUCAGAAAAAUUCCUUGUUAUUACAAAUUUGUAUGUGUUUAAUGUGAUACUCUAAAAAAAAAAUCUGAAGCAAGUUGUUGAAUUAAUUGAACUGCACUUUUCACGCAAAUAUAUUUACUGCUGUAUUUUCACUCUUUACUUCUAGUCAACAUGAAUGACUUACCCUUAUUGAAAAUAACCAGUUCAGCAUGGAGUGUUGGAUCACGGACUAAUUCCUGGGUUGGAUCACGGUCUAAUUCCGUGGUUGGAUCACGGACUAAUUCCGUGGUUGGAUCACGGACUAAUUAUGUGGUUGGAUCACGGACUAAUUCUGUGGUUGGAUCACGGACUAAUUCCGUGGUUGGAUCACAGACUAAUUCUGUGGUUGGAUCACGGACUAAUUCUGUGGUUAAAUCACGGACUAAUUCUGUGGUUGGAUCAUGGACUAAUUCCGUGGUUGGAUUACAGAUUAAUUCCGUGGUUGGAUCACAGACCAAUUCUGUGGUUGGAUCACGGACUAAUUCUGUGGUUAGAUCACGGACUAACUCUGUGGUUGGAUCACGGAGUAAUUCCGUGGUUGGAUCACGGACUAAUUCCGCGGUUGGAUCACAGACUAAUUCCGUGGAUGGAUCACGGACUAAUUCUGUGGUUAGAUCACGGACUAACUCUGUGGUUGGAUCACGGAGUAAUUCUGUGGUUGGAUCAUGGACUAAUUCCGUGGUUGGAUCACGGACCAAUUCUGUGGUUGGAUCACGGACGAAUUCUGUGGUUAAAUCACGGACUAAUUCUGUGGGUGGAUCAUGGACUAAUUCCGUGGUUGGAUCACGGACUAAUUCUGUGGUUGGAUCAUGGACUAAUUCUGUGGUUGGAUCACGGAUUAAUUCCGGGGUUGGAUCAAUUCAGCAUUUUAUUGCCUAGAGCAACCUGUCCAUUAAGAUUGGUACAAUUGUGUAUUCGGUUCCUUAUAAAAGCAAACAAGGAGGCAAGUUGGUGAAUUCUUGUUAAGUGUAUUUGACUUCCAUUGUAUGGAGAGAGCAGCUGUCACAUUACUCACGUAGACUAGUAAUGAUAUAUUUAUAUACACCUAAUUGAAUGAAAUUUGAUAAUCAAUUCAUACUCAAGAUGCCAUAUUUUUUUGUAAUAUCCAAGAAUUUAAACUAAUAUAAUUUUGUGUUGAUCAUGUAUUAUGUAAUACAUUUGUAACUCAUCAAAAGAUGGUCAAUGAUUAAGUUUCUUUUUCUUUACUUUUUCGUCAUUAUUUUUGUAUCUGAUUUAGUAUCAUUAUGUGAAGUGUGUAUGAUUUUGAAGUAUGGAAUGUAAUAAGGGAAAAUUAAAUACUGCAUUUAUUAAGAAAGAAAGAUUGGUAUUAAUCAUUGUGGAUUAAUGUGCAUUUGGUUUACAAAGGAUAGUCUGGUAUUAGCCGUAUUUCUGUAUGAUGAUGUACUCGAUCUCUAGGUACAUUAUUGAAAUGGUUGUUAAGUGUUAAUGAGGAGACAAAGAGACAAACAGAUUAAUUGUGUUCAAGCCUUACAUACCCGGUAUACAUGUACAGUUAUUAUAGCUUUGUAUGUCAACUUGUCAUAUCAAUGUUUAUGAAUAUUUCUGCAAUAAAAAAACUGUUCAAAUAUAGACUUAAUGUCUAUAUAGAUAUA